AUGGUCGCUGGUUGGAAACGAUUUAUACCUCAUCUUCGGGUAUUACCUGAAGAUUUAGAACUUAAUGAUGAUACACAGGAAUCGAGUGUUAAUCAGGAUUCAUCAACGGAAAUCGAAGAACAGGAUAAGACUGUCGAAAGAGUCGAAGUCAAGGGAGACGCAGAUGUGCAGGAUUUGGAAAAAUCAAGCCAAAGCUCAGAAGCUCCCUGUAAAUCGCCAUCAAAUUUGGAAUCUCAUCCACUGGGUCUCCAGAGAGAUUAUCCCUACGAAUUGAGAGAUGAAUCAGGUCGUAAGUGGUGGAAAUAUUUCGAUGAGUAUGAAUACCGUUUGAAUAAGGAAUAUAAAAAAUCUCGUAAAUGGUACGAGUUUUUAUAUCCUAACCAUGCUACACAGACGAAGGCUGAAAGAACUUUACUUUACAAACUGGAUGUAAUUCUUGCCUUUUAUUUUCUCGUUUUGAAUUGGUCCAAAUCUUUGGAUACCAACAACUAUACAAAUGCUUAUGUUUCUGGUAUGCAACAAGAUUUGCACAUGAAAGGUAAUGACUACAUUAAUACGUCUACGAUUACGAAUGUCGGAUCAAUUGUGCUUCAAUUGCCAUUCAUGUACAUUUUACCUCGUUUCCCAGCUCAUAUCGUUUUACCGGUCAUGGAUUUAGGUUGGACUUGGUUCACCUUUGCAUGCUAUAGGGCAAACAAUUUGAGAGAAUUUAGAGGCUAUAGAUUUAUUGAGUUCUCUUUUGGUGCCGCCUAUUACCCGAUGUCACAAUACUUAUUAGGUACGUGGUAUGCUCCGGAUGAAAUUAGUUCUCGUGUGGCACUUUUCUUUGCUGGUCAAAUGUUGGGAGGAAUCACCUCUGGUUUAUUACAGAGUAGAAUUUUCCGUUCCUUGAAUGGUACUAAUGGAAUUGCGGGUUGGAGAUGGAUGUUCAUCAUUGAUUCCAUGGCAAUUUCAUUACCAACGGUCAUUAUGGGAUUUUUCCUCAUCCCAGGUAUACCUUCUAAAUGCUACUCUUUAUUUUUAACUGAUGAUGAGAUCAGAGCCGCGCGUAACAGAAAUAAGAGAACUGGUAUCACUGAUGGAUUGGACAAACGGCAAUUGAAACCACUAUGGGAUCGUGGCAUUUGGAAAACCGUCUUAUUCACAUCAACUUUCUGGGUUCUGGUCGUCUUUGACACUUGUUCUUGGAAUAACAUGACUGCCUUUAGCGGUUCUUAUACACUGUGGUUAAAUUCUAACAAGAGCUAUUCUGUGGAAAAAGUCAAUAAUUACAGUGUAUUACCGGCUUGUUUAGGGCUUGCCUAUGUGUUCUUCUGUGCAUUUGGUGCUGAUUUAUUUCGAUGCAAAUGGGGGUUUAUGGUUUUCUCACAAGUCAUGAAUACUAUUUCAUGUGCAAUUUUAAUUAAAUGGGAUGUUUCCAAUUCUACUAAGUGGUAUGCAUUUUUGACAACAUAUUUCAGUGUGGCAGCAUCUCCAAGUCUUUGGUCAUUCAUCAAUGAUUUCUUAAGAUUUAACCCUCAAGUGAAGGCAGUUACUUGGAUUGCUAUUUAUUCCAUUUCACAAUCAACUUACGCUUGGAUUCCUAAACUUGCAUGGCCCACUACAGAUGCCCCUAGAUUUAAAAGAGGUUACGUGGUGAGUAUCGUAUUUGGUACCAUCUAUUUGUUAUGGACAUUCGUCGUCUUAUUUUUCUACAAGCGCAACGAAAAGAAACACGCCUUAGGAAAUGGUAUUAUUCUCUACAAUUCAGAUAAAGGUGAAGAACCGCCAGCUUGGUUAGAGACUGAAAUGGAGGAAAGAAAUGGUUUUUACUAUUUGAAAGAAUAA